AAACGAUCACCAACAGCCCAUUAGAAUUCUAUAGUCUUUCCAGUCAGAAGAUUUAUUCCGAUUCUGGCUACGAGAAAGGAAAAUCUUAUGACUUCCUCAGAGCGACAGUGCUUCUGGAUUUGAUUGGUUGAGAGAGAAGCAUCGUGAUCGGGAGUAAGAGAAAUUUCAACUCCAUCAGAGCUAGCAUCCACAAGAAAACUUAGAAACGACUACGUAUACGGAUGCUCUACUGGAUUGUGAUUGGUCGCUCGCCAUAUGCACGUGUUGUUUUUAAACUUGAUGACCACGUUUUGAUGUAUCAGUACAUGAUGUACAUAGAGAAGUCGAUACACGGGACUGUUGCAGCAUUGGUUACAAUUAGAGUUUAAAGUGCUAAAAAGUGAAAGUUCAUUUGAAGAAUCGUUAUCCUUAUCAUAGCACUAAUUAAUUAACGUUUGAUGUGUCGGCAAUAUACUACAGCGAGGAUGGGUUUGGAACAUUAGAUACGAAACAACUUAAGACAACAGACGCCAUUUCUUAGUUUGAAAAUUUGGAAAGGUGAUUCAUAAAUGAUAGUAGUUGACUAAAAGAUGUCUACAACUUCUACGGACAAAUAACUUAUCAAAGGAUUCAAUUUUCAGUAUAAAACGAAUAUAGGAAAGUACACAAGUUAAGUCACAAGUUAGCAAUAUUUCCAUUGCUAUCUGUAGAUGAAGGAAACUCGGGUUAGGUAAAACUUUUUAAACUAGGGAAAGAACGUUUUCAAAAUUGACGGGUCGGACUGGAAUCGCCAAAUGCAUUUAGAUUAUAAUACGUCAUCUGAUCUCACAACUGUGCCAGGGACGAGCACGUUGCAGACCCCAAUAUCGGCGUCAAACAGUAUGAACACUUUGUUGCAAUCUAUGAACUCAGUUGAACCAACAUCUCGACACAGCGCUUUCGUUUUGGGCAACCCACCCUUAGCUGCCCUGCAUACAAUGACGGAAAACAAGGUGCCAAACACCGCCUCUCUUUUAGACAAUCCCUUCAGCCAAGCAAAUGGGGUAAAGGCAAUGAACCAAAUGAGUCAAAUGACAAUGUCCACGUUAGGGACACCCCAUAGCAUAAGUGACAUUCUAAGUAGGAAUGCUGCCUUGAAUCAGUUACAGCAAAUGUCAGGACUUGCAGGCAAUAUGCCACGAUUGAAUGCAGCGGCGGCUGCAAAUAUGUAUUUUAAUAGUCAGCUUAGUAAUCAAUCAAGGUUCCCAAAACCCAUUGCAGAUCUACCUGGUCGCAGUCCAGUCUAUUGGCCAGGGGUAAUACAAGGUGCCCCAUUUGGCCGCUCCUCAAAUGAAUUCGGCCAGCAGGGCGGUACGAUCGUUGAUAAAGAUGGAAAGAGAAAGCAUACGAGACCGACGUUUUCUGGUCAACAAAUAUUUGCCCUAGAGAAGACGUUCGAACAAACGAAAUACCUGGCUGGCCCAGAGAGGGCGCGACUAGCGUAUGCACUAGGGAUGUCAGAGAGUCAAGUAAAGGUGUGGUUCCAAAACAGACGAACAAAAUGGCGGAAGAAGCACGCGGCCGAGAUGGCCACUGCAAAACGAAAACAAGAUCAAGGUACGGAUGAUAUAGACAGUGACGAUAUGAGUGAAGAGUUUGAAAGCUGCAGGAGUCUGACUGAUGUAUCAGCUAAUCCUGUUAGCCACUUCCAAUAAAAAUGCAGAUGAAAUAUGAAAUGAGAAACCCGCCAAUACUAAUGCUUUCAUCGAGGAUUGCAUACAUACAAUAAAAUUCCAAAAUAACAUUCGAGCAUUUGAAUACCGACUGACUGCUAAGAACAACCAAUAAAAAUCUAGAAUUAAACCUCACGAUAAAAAUAUGCCAAUGGUACUUUAGUUUAAAGAAUGUAACAUUACUUUCGAAAAUUCAAAUUGAAAAUUACAUUCAAAGACACAUAUAUGAGGAAGCGGAUAAACUUACGAAUAAAAUCAUCAUAAAUUCUUGCCACCAUGUAUAUCUUGUAACAGUUUUAGGGACAUCCACCAUGGAGACAUGUUAUUUGAUUUGUACUAUUUACAUGUCAAUGAUAAGUAAAUGGUAUCAAUUGAGCAGAAUAAUUAGUACAUAAUGAUAAAAUAUGCAUUUUAGAUUAUAUAUUGUCCAAUAAUAAGGUUUUGCGAACAAACUGUGAUUUUUAAUUCUUUUGCGAACAUACAAAAUGUAUUUUGUAUUUAUUUCAAAAGGUGCUGGUGUACCAUAAGAUUUGACUGGCGUGUAAAAGUUGACUGAUUUAGAAUUGAAGCUGUAUAAUCAUUUAUUUACAUACAUUGUCUAAAAAACUGAUGUACAUAUAUAGAACUGCACUUUAUUGCGUAAAAUUGUGAGUCUCUAUCCAUGUCUCUGUUAUGUACAUUGACUUUUUGAUAAAUUAUACAAACUAGUAUCACUACCCCAGUUGGCAUAGCAACAAUGAUCAUAUGACGAAAACAAGAUCUGCUGACAACAUUGAAUCCGGGUUCCAAACCUAACAUCCGUAGCCAUGGUAACCAAGUAUUCAUUCUGCUGUUGGUCAUGCGUAGAAUGUUUGAUCUCUGUUGCUAUUCUAAUGUCGGCAAUUUUUUUUUAUUUGUCUACAUAUUAUAUUCACCUUUUAUUUGCUUGUAUUCCUGAAAAUGCAUCAUAUAAGUAAUAUUUAUAUAUCAAAAUAUUAACAAAAUGAGGACCUCUAGAUCUUGGUUCGGACUUGACAGGGUAAACUUCUACUG